AUGUCAAAAUAUGAAUUAGAAAAUUAUCAACUACCAUCAUCUUCGCCAACGUUUCCCACCGCCUCUUUUGUAAAAGUAAAUGGAACAAGUUUCGAACAAAAUGGCAAACCAUUAUUUUUGACUGGUGCGAAUUAUUGGCAAGCGAUGAAUCUUGGCAUGGCAGUAGGUGGAAAUCGUACAAGGGUGUUAGCUGAUUUGGCAAAAUUAAAAGAAUAUGGUGUGAAUAAUAUUCGAGUUAUGGCGGCUAGUGAAGGUCCACCCGGCGAACCGUAUCGAAUGUAUCCGGCGUUAAUGAAUUCUCCGGGAGAGUACGAUGAAAAUGUUUUUGAAGGCUUGGAUUGGUUUCUUGAUCAACUUGAGAAGUAUGGAAUGACAGCAACAAUGACACUUUCAAAUUACUGGCACUGGUCAGGAGGAUUCGCUCAAUACGUGAAUUGGGCGGAAAAUGGUAAAACACCAAUCCCUUAUCCCAAAGGUCCAGAUUUCGAAGCUCUUGAAGCUUAUGCAGCAAGAUUUUACAGCGACCCUACCGUUGAACCCAGAUGUCAGGAAAUAUAUCGAAAUCUUGUACACACGGUAGUCACUCGUCGUAACACGAUCAAUGGAAAACUUUAUCGAGAUGACCCGGUGAUUCUUACUUGGGAAUUAGCCAAUGAACCUCAAGCAAUAAAAGGUUCAAAUGCUCAUGAUAUUAUAUAUAAAUGGAUUGAUUCCAGUGCGGCGUUUAUCAAAUCGCUGGAUUCGAAUCAUCUGGUUAGUACCGGUGCGGAAGGAAAAAACGGAAAAGAAUGGUUUGUGACAAUGCAUACAAGUGAAAAUAUUGAUUUUGCUAGUGCUCAUGUGUGGGUUGAGAAUUGGGGUUAUUAUAACUCUAGUGAUCCAUCUGCAGAAAACUUCGAACAUGCAAAGCAGUUCAUGUUGAAUUUUCUGCAAGAUGCAAGUAAUUGGUCUACAAAUAUUUUGAAGAAACCGGUCUACUUAGCGGAAUACGGUAUGGCUCGAGACGGAUGGACAAAAACCUCAAAAUAUGAUCCCGCUGCACCAGUCACCAACAAAAACAAAUACUAUAAAGCUUUAGCCGAUAAAGUAUUUGAACUUGAAAAAGAAAAGGCGUUUUCUGGACAUGCUUUUUGGGCGUAUUCUGGCAUCGCUCGUCCGAGUGAUCCUGCUCCACAAUGGCUUGGUGAUCCGCCACAUGAGUCACCAGGAUGGUAUGGCGUCUACGAUUCUGAUAAAGAAACUUUAGAGAUUAUUGGCGCGCAUGCGCGACAAGUUGAACAGUUGCUUAAAUGA